AUGGCAGGCCAAGUCAGACAGCCGAUCGAUUUGCCCUCGUUAGAGCGCUACAUUGACAAGAAUGUGGCUGAGAUCAAGACCCCACUGGAACUGAAGCAGUUCGGCUUUGGCCAGUCCAAUCCUACAUAUCAGAUCACCGACUCGACUGGCACGAAAUAUGUGAUGCGAAAGGCACCACCGGGCAAACUGCUUUCAAAGACUGCACAUCGAGUAGAUCGGGAGUACAAGAUCAUCAAGGCUCUUGAAGAGACGGAUGUGCCUGUACCGAAGGCAUACUGCAUGUGCGAAGACAGUGGUGUCAUUGGAACACCAUUCUACGUUAUGGAAUUCCUGGAUGGCCGCAUGGUCACUGAGCCACAUUUUCCCGGCUUCAGUGCGGAGGAGAGAACAGAAAUGUGGCGCGAUGCUAUACGGACACUGGCAAAAUUCCACCGAGUUGACUUCAAAAAGGUCGGUCUUUCAGAUUUUGGUCGACAUGGCGGGUUUUACGACCGCCAGUUAAAGACCUUCGGCACUUUAUCGAAGGCGCAAGCUGCUGUUGCAGACGUGGAUACCAAAGUGCCCGUAGGCGAUAUACCUCAUUUCGAUGACAUGGUUGCUUUCUUCAAACAAAAGUCGACACAACCGAAGGAUCGCACGACCCUGAUCCAUGGAGACUAUAAGAUCGACAACCUCGUAUUCCACAAGACUGAACCACGAGUUAUUGGAAUUCUCGAUUGGGAAAUGGCCACCAUCGGACAUCCAUUAUCAGAUUUCGUGAAUGUGACGGCGCCAUGGGUUUGGGUGGGAAGGGUGAGUGGUUCUGCUCAUUCCGGCAAGGAGGUGGAACACUUUGCAUCCGGCGCAACCCCGGGCCUGCCUUCGUUGGAUCAAGUAACAGAAUGGUACACUGAGGAUUCUGGUUAUGAUGUUCGUCCGGAACUGGCUUGGGGCAACGCCUUUGGAGGAUACAGGGGCGCCAUUAUCAUGCAGGGCAUCGCAGCGAGGUAUGCUCAACGCCAGGCAAGUGGCACGACCGCCAAAAACUAUGCUGCACAGAUGAGCCCGUAUGGUGAGUGGGCUUAUAGUCUGGUGAAACAAUUGCAGGAGACCUCCGGGGCCAAGGUGAAGCUGUAG